AUGAGAGAAAAAUCCUUUAUCUCAACGCCUGUUCGAGAUUGGUCUAAUUUUUCGAAGUAUGUUUCAAGACACCUUGCCCCGUCUUCAAAACACUACGGGUGCGUUAAUGCUGCUGAGCAUUUUCUGUCCACGUUACAAAAUCCAGGAAAGGAUCCUGAGGGUCUUAUUCUUAGUAAAAACGAUGGCAUUGUUGAAAAAAUUAGGCACAUCCUCAAAACAAUUAUUGAUGUCAUUUUAUUGUGUGCUCGUCAAAAUAUUCCACUGCGUGGACAUACAGAAGAGGAUAGCAAUGUCAUUGCCAUUCUACGUCAUACUGCACUAACAGACAAACUCUUGAGCAAUCAUUUACAGACAGCAGAUCCUAGAGCAAAGUAUACGUCCCCAGACAUUCAAAAUGAACUGAUAUCAUUGUGCAGUAAACAGAUUACUGACUCUAUUGUUCGCGAUGCCAAUAAUUCCCCAUACUUUGGGUUUAUUGCAGAUGAAGCAACUGAUGCUUCUACAAUGGAACGGAUGGCUAGGGUUUUGAGAUUUUUUGACAAAGAGAAGGGGUGUGUGAGGGAGGAAUUUGUUGGUUUCUCCAAGAUGAACAGGACAACGGGCGAGGAAUUGGCUAAUGCCUUUUUGGAAAAUCUUAGGAAUCUUGGGGUAACUAUAGAUAACAUGAGAGGUCAAGGCCACGAUGGUGCUGCCAACAUGUCGGGGUUAAAAAAAAAAGGAGUACAAGCCAGAAUACGUGGACUCAUUCCGGGGACAGUAUACACACAUUGCAAGGCACACUGUUUGAAUUUAGUUUUAACACAUAGCUGUAAGCUGCCCAUUAUCAGAAACAUGAUGGACGUUGUCCAGCAAAUUGCUUUUGCAUUUCAUUUUUUUGCCAAACGAACAGAUGUAUUUAAGGAGGAGCUGAAGGAAAAUGACGAAGCAAAGGCUUCAAUGGAGAAAAGACAGAAACUGCAGACACUGUGUGAAACACGAUGGGCUUCUCGAGCAAAUGCUUUAUUUACAUUUAAAGUAUCACUCGAAGUCAUAGAUGAUGCUCUUCAUCGAUUAACUAAUAUGUCUGACACGAAAGUGCGAGUCUAUGCAUGUUCAGUUGAAAGGUUUAAUUUCAUUCUCCCUCUUAUUGUUUGCGAACAUGUUUUACAAAUUCUGGCACCUCUCUCGGAAAUGCUCCAAUCUAAAGCCUCCGAUCUUAUCGAGGCAAUGAAGGAAACAAGGGCAGUCUAUGCCGUUAUUCAAAAUGAGCGUAACUAUGGCACGGCGUGGGACGCAUUGUAUGAAUCGGCUGCCCAGUUAGCUGCCACAAUAGGCGUAGAACCAUCAUCUCCAAGAUUACAUCGCAACAAUAUUCCUGCAGACUCAACAAAAAUAUACUGGAAAAGGUCCGUCUUCUGUCCUUUCUAUGAUCAUGUACUUCAGGAACUUAAUGAUCGUCUUCUUGUGUGCAGCGACAGAUUCAUGGCUCAACACCUUAUACCCUCAAAUCUUGGAAAUCUCACUGAUGAUAUGGUCAUGCAAAUUUAUCAGACUUUCAGUGCUGACAUCCCAGCCCAAGCUGCCGUAUUUCAUACAGAAAUAAAAAGGUGGAUCGCAAGAUGGUCAUUGGAAGAUCCAGGCAGUUUGCCUUCGACACUUCAGAGUACAUUACAUGGCAUUAAUCCAAAUCUCUACCCGAACAUUUUCAAUGUACUGUCUGUUUUGAUAUCAAUGUCAAUGUCCACUGCAUCAGCUGAACGAUCUUUCAGCGUCAUGAGGCGAGUGAAGAGCUACCUGAGGUCAACAAUGACCACCGAACGUCUGUCGGGGCUGGCCAUGCUUCACGCACAUAAAGAUAUAUAA